AUAAGCUAUUUCAGACCUUAAAACGUGGUCCAAUUAUUGAAGAAAAAUGACAUUUUAGACUAUUCAAAGCUCUACCUCAUUCGCUAGCAAUUUGUUGAUACAUUAUAUAGUGACAAAAAUGACGAGCAACGAAAAUCAUAUCAUAACAUUCUGAGAACAUGGAGUCCUCAAGCUUCACGCAAGACCAGGAGAAAGCCACAGAAGGCUUGGGCAAUGUGUUGUGCAAGACAGGAAAAGGUUGGACAUGUGUUAUAACUAGGAGUGAUGGGCCUGAUGCUGGCAAAGUUGUCGUUAAAUGCGGUGAAAAUUGCACCUGUACACUUGAUGGUGGAGCUGCGUCACCUAAAAUUGAGAUUAGUAGUGACAGUGGCAGUGAAGUUUUCUGCAAGUGUGGUGAAGGAUGGAGUUGUUCUAUUUUCAGAACUGAAGGUCCUGAUGCUGACUCAGGCAAGGGCUUUGCUGAAUGCACUCAACAAUAUAACUGUGCUUGUAAGUGUUGAUGACCAAUUGGCCCUUACUCUGCUAUGUGCUUGUAAGUGUUGAUGACCAAUUGGCCCUUACUCUGCUAUUUGGUUUGUGUGUGAACUAUUAUGAAGAUUGUUUGUAAUCUGUAUGUGUUUGAUGAACUCUUCUUGUAAUGCUUGUAAUGCAAUGCAUAUGCAGAAACCUAUGUUCAAAUUAA